AUGGCAUUGCUGUGUGGCCUUGGGCAAGUCGCUGUCCGCCUCUGGAUCCCACUUCCUUCCCAAUCCCAAAAUGGGACCGGAUUCCUGGCAGCUGAGCCUUUCCUUUCUCCUCUGAGCGGCGGCAUGGAGACCCUCACCGCUCAGCUGGGGCCGGGCCGCGAGGGCAGCUCCUCUCCCAACUCCAAGCAGGAGCUACAGCCCUACUCGGGCUCCAGCGCCCUCAAACCCAACCAGGUGGGCGAGACGUCACUGUACGGGGUGCCCAUCGUGUCUCUGGUGAUCGACGGCCAGGAGCGCCUGUGCCUGGCGCAGAUCUCCAACACCCUGCUCAAAAACUACAGCUACAAUGAGAUCCACAACCGCCGCGUGGCCCUGGGCAUCACGUGCGUGCAGUGCACGCCCGUCCAGUUGGAGAUUUUACGCCGGGCCGGUGCCAUGCCCAUCUCCUCGCGCCGCUGCGGCAUGAUCACGAAGCGCGAGGCCGAGCGCCUGUGCAAGUCCUUCUUGGGCGAGCACAAGCCCCCCAAGCUGCCGGAGAACUUCGCCUUCGACGUGGUGCACGAGUGCGCGUGGGGGUCGCGCGGCAGCUUCAUCCCCGCGCGCUACAACAGCUCGCGCGCCAAGUGCAUCAAGUGCGGCUACUGCAGCCUGUACUUCUCGCCCAACAAGUUCAUCUUCCACUCGCACCGCACCCCCGACGCCAAGUACACGCAGCCCGACGCGGCCAACUUCAACUCCUGGCGCCGGCACCUCAAACUCAGCGACAAGUCGGCCACCGACGAGCUGAGCCACGCGUGGGAGGACGUCAAGGCCAUGUUCAACGGCGGCACGCGCAAGCGGACCUUCUCGCUGCAAGGAGGCGGCGCCAACGGCGGGUCUGCUGGGCCUGGGAAGGGCGGCGCUGGCGGCGCUGGCGGUGGAGGUCCGGGGUGCGGCGCAGACAUGGCCCCGGGCCCGCCACCCCACAAGAGCCUACGUUGCGGCGGCGAAGACGAAGCCACCGCCGGGCCUCCGGGGCCACCUCCACCCCAUGCGCAACGCGGACUCGGCCUGGCCGGGGGAGCGAGCGGCCCGGCGGGGCCUGGAGGGCCUGGUGGCGGCGCGGGCGGCGUGCGGAGCUACCCGGUGAUCCCGGUGCCCAGCAAAGGUUUUGGCCUCUUGCAGAAGCUGCCGCCGCCGCUUUUCCCGCAUCCUUACGGUUUCCCCACGGCCUUCGGCCUGUGUCCCAAAAAGGACGACCCGGUGUUGGUGACCGGGGAACCCAAGGGUGGUGGCCCUGGCACCGGGAAUGGCGGAGGUGCGGGCAGUGGCGCGGGUGCGGGUGGCCCCGGGGCCGGACACUUGCCCCCGGGAACGGGGACGGGUCCAGGCGGUGGAGCCAUGUUCUGGGGACAUCAACCCUCGGGAGCAGCCAAGGACGCGGCGGCCGUAGCGGCGGCUGCGGCGGCCGCCACGGUGUACCCGACGUUUCCCAUGUUCUGGCCGGCGGCCGGGAGCCUGCCGGUGCCACCUUACCCCGCCGCGCAGAGCCAGGCCAAGGCCGUGGCGGCGGCGGUGGCCGCGGCGGCCGCGGCGGCGGCGGCGGCUGCAGGUGGCGGCGCAGUCCCCGAGCCCCUGGACGGUGGCGCCGAGCCAGCCAAGGACGGAAGCCUGGGCGCGGAGGAACGCUGCCCGAGCGCCCUGUCCCGCGGGCCCCUGGACGAGGACGGCUCGGACGAGGCGCUACCGCCACCACCCCUGGCCCCGCUGCCGCCUCCGCCGCCACCGCCCGCCCGCAAAGGCUCCUACGUGUCCGCCUUCCGCCCCGUGGUCAAGGACGCCGAAAGCAUCGCCAAGCUCUACGGCAGCGCGCGCGAGGCCUACGGCGCGGGGCCUGCUCGCGGGCCGGUGCCAGGCGCGGGGACCGGAGGAGGCGGCGGCUAUGUGAGCCCGGACUUUCUGAGCGAGGGCAGCUCCAGCUACCAUUCGGCCUCGCCCGACGUGGACACCGCGGACGAGCCAGAGGUGGACGUCGAGUCCAACCGCUUCCCGGAUGAUGAGGGCGCCCAGGAUGACACCGAGCCCAGCGUACCCAGCGCGGCCAGUGGCCCAGACGGUGACCAGCCCGCUGGGCCUCCAUCUGUCACCUCCUCGGGCGCAGACGGUCCCACAGACUCUCCCGGUGCAGAGAGCCCUCGCCCCCGGCGCCGCCUCGGGCCACCACCACCCAGCAGCCGGUCAGCAUUCGGGGACUUAGCAGCAGCAGCAGCAGCAGCGGACGACGUGGUGCGGAGACCUGAAAUAAGCCCUUCGAGCGGUGGCUUCGAGCUUCGAGAGCCUUGCGGGCCCCUGGGAGGCCCCGCGACUGCCAAGGUGUACCCACCCGAGAGGGACGACCAUGCGAAGAGCGCAGCGGCAGCGGUGGUCCUGGGGCCCACGGCCUCCUCCUACCUCUGCGCGCCAGAGGCCCACGAACCAGAUAAGGAAGACAAUCACUCGGAUGAUUUAGAAACGAGGAAAUCCUACUCAGACCAAAGGAGUAUCUCCCAGCCAAGCCCAGCAAAUACAGACCGAGGCGAAGAUGGGCUCACCUUGGAUGUCACGGGAACUCACCUGGUGGAGAAAGAUAUCGAAAACCUGGCUAGAGAAGAAUUGCAAAAAUUGCUUCUGGAGCAAAUGGAACUGAGAAAGAAACUGGAGAGAGAAUUUCAGAGCCUCAAAGAUAAUUUUCAGGAUCAAAUGAAGAGGGAAUUGGCUUAUCGAGAAGAAAUGGUGCAACAGCUGCAAAUUGUCAGAGAUACUCUGUGUAAUGAACUGGACCAGGAGAGGAAGGCGCGCUAUGCCAUCCAACAGAAAUUAAAAGAAGCCCACGACGCCCUACAUCACUUCUCCUGCAAGAUGCUAACGCCCCGCCACUGCACGGGCAACUGCUCCUUCAAGCCCCCGCUGUUGCCCUAGGGCCCGGCCUGGCCGCGCCCACCGCGCCCUU